AUGCCACGUAUACCUGUGCGUGUAGAGCCAUAUUCUAGUCCUUCUCAUCAGAAUCGGCACUUUAAAUGUCGGCGGGACCGUAUUCUCCGCGCUCUUUGUAGAUCUUGUUAUAUAAAUAAGUCUAAUUUUGCGAUUUUGUUGGUGAAUGCCAAGGGUGAUUAUGAAACAUAUGCAAGUGAAGCAUUUCAAGGACAGCUUAAGUCUUGGUUUAAUCAGAAAGUCUUGAAUGAUGCAAAGAGCCUGGCUCUUGCUUAUCAGAAAUCGACUGAAACGUUUAGAAAUGAAUUGAUCAGAAAAACGGCUGAAAAUAAGGAAAAUAUUAGUUUUAAUGUUGAAAAUUUUGGUGAAGGAAUCGUUUCUAAUGCUCUACAUGAAGAAAGUCUUUCCGAUUUCUUGUCUAGUGAUUCGUUGAAAUCCAAAACUGCGGAUUCUUUAUAUGAGGAAUCGUUAACUAAUAAUAUUUCAGAAUUGGAUUCUGACUUGUCUAAAUCGUUUCAUUUUAAGAAUCAUCCUAAGAAAAAGGUUCUUCCUUUGGCUUCCAAUAUAAAUAAUCAGAACUGUGAAGUCAAAAACAACUUAAACAGACCAUGUUUGUCAGAGUUAGCCUCUUUGAAUUCUUCUAAUGUCCGUGAUGAAAAUUGUCCAUCAGUAUCUCGAGAACAUAAAUAUAAGCCACUUGUUAUUGGCAAUACUCACGAGGUUAUUGCAUUCAUGGAAUCUCGAUUUAAAGAAUUGCAGCAGUCUGUCUGCAAAAUCGUGGCCAAAGCUUGGAUUAAAGUUAUGGAACCGAAAAAACAGACACGCCAUCCUUAUAACAAAGGGGAUGAGUCAAAACCUUCAUGGUGGCCUAAUAAUGUACGUCAUAAGGAACCUGAUCAUCUUAUGAAACCAGAGAGGAUUAAUCUCCUUCUUACUAUUCUACGAUGCUCUAAGAUUCCUGUAAGCAGGCUUGAACUAGCUACUGCUGAAAUUUCGGCUUUUAUUCCUGCUGAUAAGACAAUUCUUUUAAGAGAAAUCUAUCAAGUCGCACGGGAAGAAGAAAGAUUGAGGAAUGGGGAAAUUGAUGAGUCGACAAAAAUAUAUACCAUGUCAACUCCUUAUGAUUUCUCCUUGGACGAUGAUUUUGCAUCUGAAGAGCCAAUUCCUCCGACUGCUCAUUCUGUCUCUUCAUAUAUUCCUGUCUCUACGUCUAAUGCAGCAUUUUCGUCUUUUCAGUGUUCUUUGGACGAUACUCAAUCUACUCGUAACUCUAUUCAUAAACUUGCUUGCAAGUCUACUCAGAAUCCGAAAACUGCUUCAAAUGCUGCUUUGAAAGCUGUUUCGAAACUUCACACCCUUUUUCAUAAAGAGGAUUACUGCUUCUCUCCACUUGGAUUUGACUCUGUCUAUUCUACUGAUCAAAUAUCUCUCCAGAAUCAAUGUUCUCAUUCUUACGAUACUUACGACUACCGCCAUGUUGAUUCUACUCAAACUCCUGCUGACACUUGUCCUCAGAAGGAUGGCAAAAACUCUGUCAGUUUGUCUCCGGCUCCUCUUCUCGAGAAAAACUCUGGUUCUUUACAUACCAUGCAUCUUUCUCCUCUCAAACCAUCCGAUCGCUCUGUUUAUUCGGCUUGUUCUGUUUGGUCGUCUGAUCUUCCUUCCUGUACGGAUUUUCCUGUUUCUACACCUGACCAUUCUUUAUUUACUAAGCCAAUUGAUUCGACCGAUUCAACAGAUUCCACUGAUUUGAAAUAUAUGUUUUAUGAUCCGUUUCUUUCUCCUCCGGUUGACUCUUCGACUAUCUAUAUGUCUGCUGAUUCUUUUUCACUGAGGUCGUCUGCUGCCUCUGAAGUUUUUCCUAGUUCUUUUAAGUCUGCAGGUUAUUCUGUCGAUUCUUUGUCUUUUGCCGCUUCUGCUGCUCCAAAAGCCUCUUUUCCUGCCGUCGAUUCUGUAAGGUUUUCUGAGUUUCUUAAUAGUUCUCAGACGACUGUCGAUUCUGAGUAG